UUUAGGGUCCAAGCUUACAUCACAUUCAAAUUUUUUGGGCAUACCUUUAGUAAGUGCCGGAGUGAGAAAAGGUUUUAAAAUAAUUAGCGCAUGCUUACUUUUACUGCAUACCUUUGGUAAGCACAGGAGUGAGAAGAGGUUUUUAAAUAAUUAGCGCCCGGGCGGCAAUUCAAGGAAAAACAGGUGGUCCAAAACAACAAAUGUAUCAAAACAUAGUCGAUACCAUCCCAUCCAUCCAUUCCUACCGCUUAUUCCUAUUGGGGUCGCUGGUCCUUAUCUAAGCUACAAUCGGGCAAGGCGGCGUACACCCUGGACAAGUCGCCAUCUCAUCACAGGGCCACAUAGUCGAUACUACCUAAAUAAUCCUAAUAAGGACCGAAAAUCCAAACAAACCUUUUUUCUUUUUAGGGAUUUUCUUACAUCAUUUUCACCUGCAAAAGUAUCGUCACUCGAUUUGUUAUGCCUACUUGAGUCCACGCGAGUCUAUGCACGACAGGGAACGUGUGCCAAACAAAGGUUCCCAAUUUACAAUUGGCAUGACAUGUAAAUGGCAUUAUACGGGUAUUAUUAUUAAGGAAUCAAAUAAGUAUACAUGUUUAUCAUCAUGUAUAUAUGAUUGAGGUGUUAUCUAUAGUUUUUUUCCAACAGGACGCCAGCUCUUCUUGGGUCAAUGUUGAUGCCGAACACAUUAAUCUGUUACACCAGAUGGAAGUUGACACGCAUGCGUGGUUUCGUCGCAUGGGCAGGCAGAAGUUUAACAUGUGCACAAGAAGGAAAAAAGAAUAAUAAUAUGUAAGCCUUCGUUCGUGUUUUUGUAAGCAGUGUUUUGCCUUCGUCGUCAUAGAGAAAUAGUAUCAUUGUGUCUUAGUUUAUUGACGAAGAAAAGCUAGCAUAGCCGUGUGUUUGCUAUCUACCUUCCCACUAAACUAGCGUUUAUAAGUACGGACAUGGUCGUCAUGUCGAAGGCGAAAGAGAAGAAAAAGCAUGCUGCCUCCGAGAAACAAAAGCAACCUGCCGGGAAACGUAAAACCGUUAAGAAGAAAAAUAUGUUCUGGAAACAAAGUAAGUCAAUACAGAAAGCUAAGGUCGAAAACCCUCCCACGAAAAUUCUACUUACAAAACCUCCAAAGGAUGGGCAGCUCUUUUCUGCCAACUGGAAAGUAUUACAAGAGACUUUAAAGUCGAGUGAGACGAAAACAAACCCGCCCAAAACCUCAAAAGACCACAAUGGUCCUCUGCAAGAAAAGAAAGAAAAGACAUCUAAAAACAUUUUGCCAAGUAAGACAGAUUCAGGAAAAUCUGUGAAACACAAAACUGUUGACUCUCCGGUGAAUAUCCCUGCCGCGUCCGAGACGAAACAGCCGCCUGCUUCUAAAAGGAAAAAUAAAGCAAAUGGCAUUCCAAAUCUCAAGAAGCCAAAACUCGAGGUCAAAGAGAUCAAACCUACAGCAGAAGACAUUUGGUUCGAUGAUGUGGACCCUGACGACUUAGAGGCGACGGUUGGGCAGGAAGCGGCAGACAUCAUGAGGAAAAAGAUGGGCGUGCAGAAAAAUCCGGACACAGACGCCGCUCUGGUGAAGACGAAAGCUUUUGAAGGUCUCACAAAAGCCAUCGCUAUAGACUGUGAGAUGGUGGGAGUUGGUCCGGACGGCGAGGACAGCAUGUUAGCACGCGUUUCUAUUGUCAACCAGUUUGGGAAGUGUCUGUAUGACAAAUACGUGAAGCCCACCGAGGAGGUGACGGACUACAGAACGGCCUACAGUGGCAUCCGGCCAAAGGACAUCAGAGAUGGAGAGGACAUAGCAACUGUGCAGAAGGAAGUUGCCGAGAUAUUAAAGGGAAGAAUAUUGGUGGGACACGCGCUGCACAAUGACUUAAAGAUUUUGCUUCUUGAUCACCCAAAAAAGAAAACCCGUGACACUCAGAAGUAUAAACCCUUCAGGAAGACCGUCAGGAGUAAGUGCCCCGCGUUGAGGGUACUUUGCAAGAGAAUACUCAAUGUCAAGGUUCAGCAGGGUGAACAUUCCUCUGUCCAGGAUGCCCAGGCCACCAUGAGGCUGUACACGCUGGUGAAGAAGCACUGGGAGGCCGAAAUAAAAAAUAGUAAAAAGACGGACAAGAAGCACACACGCAAGCAGAGGCUGCCCAGUUGCAAGCGUACCAAUGCAGACUCCUCCUCCUCCCUCCGCUUUUCUCUCAUCUUCUCCCGCCUCCCUCCCUCCCUCCUCCUCCUCCUCCUCCCCCCCCGGUCCUCUAUGCUCAGUUCGGUGUGUGUAUCCUCUUUCAAAGGGCGCAAGGGUGGGAACAAGUCGUCCAACAAAGCAUGUUACAGCGCAGACAUGACUUGUCCGUCGGAAAGCGAGAAGAUCGUGAUAAACUGCGGCGGCGUGCGCCAUGAGACGUACCGCAGCACCCUGAAGACGUUGCCGGGGACGCGCCUGUCGUGGCUGACCGAGCCGGACGCCUUCAGCAACUUCGACUACGACCCCAAACUGGACGAGUUCUUCUUCGACCGCCACCCGUCCGUCUUCUCCUUCAUCCUCAACUACUACCGCACGGGCAAGCUGCACUGUCCCAACGACGUGUGCGGGCCCUUGUUCGAGGAGGAGCUCGCCUUCUGGGGCAUCGACGAGACGGACGUGGAGGCGUGCUGCUGGAUGAACUACCGCCAGCAUCGGGACGCCGAGGAGGCGCUGGACAGCUUCGAGACGCCCGAGCCGGACGCCCCGGACGACGACCCGGCGCUGCAGGGGGGCGCCGACGGGGACCUGAAGAGACUCUGCAUGCAGGAGGACGCGCGCAGGGCGGGAUGGUGGAAAACCUGGCAGCCCAAAAUCUGGGCGCUCUUCGAGGACCCCUACUCGUCCAAAUACGCCCGGUAUGUGGCGUUUGGCUCCCUAUUCUUCAUCCUCAUCUCCAUCUCCACUUUCUGCAUGGAAACGCAUGAGGCCUUCAACACCAUCCUCAACAAGACGGAGAACUCCACGGUGGGCAACGUGACGCGCGAGGAGAUCGUCUACGAGGUGGUGACCGACAGCUGGCUGACGUACGUGGAGGGCGUCUGCGUCAUCUGGUUCACCAUCGAGGUCCUCCUACGAGUCAUCUUCUGCCCCGACAAGCUGGAGUUCUUCAAAAGCUCCCUCAACAUCAUCGACUUUGUGGCCAUUCUGCCCUUCUACCUGGAGGUGGGCUUGAGCGGUCUGUCCUCCAAAGCUGCCAAGGACGUCCUGGGGUUCCUCCGGGUCGUGCGAUUUGUCCGCAUCCUUCGAAUCUUCAAGCUCACCCGCCACUUUGUGGGGCUGCGAGUGCUCGGCCACACCCUUCGCGCUAGCACCAAUGAAUUCCUCCUGCUCAUCAUCUUCUUAGCCCUCGGCGUCCUCAUCUUCGCCACUAUGAUCUACUACGCCGAGAGAAUCGGCGCCGACCCGGACGACCCGACAGCGAGCGCUCACACCAACUUCAAGAAUAUUCCCAUCGGCUUCUGGUGGGCCGUGGUGACCAUGACCACGUUGGGCUACGGAGAUAUGUACCCGGAAACGUGGUCGGGGAUGUUGGUGGGUGCUCUGUGUGCCUUGGCCGGCGUGCUGACCAUCGCCAUGCCCGUUCCCGUCAUUGUCAACAACUUCGGCAUGUACUACUCUCUGGCAAUGGCCAAACAAAAGCUGCCCAAAAAGAAGAACAAACACAUUCCAAGAGCACCUCAGCCAGGGUCUCCCAACUACUGCAAGCCGGACGCCCUUGCCAUGGCUACCGCAUCCCCGCAAAGGCUCCUGGGGAAUGUCCUUGGUGGAGUGAUGGGGUCUGGAGGCCUUGGGGGUGACUGUCCUCUUGCCCAGGAAGAAAUUAUAGAGAUCAACAGAGACUCCAAGCAGAACGGCGAUGCAGCCUCGGCCGCCUUGGCCAACGAAGACUGCCCCACCAUCGACCAGGUGCUCAGCCCGGACGAGAGGAGCCCCAUCGGGCGAGGUCCCACCCGGGAACGCUACCAGCAGGACCGCGCCUGCUUCCUGCUUAACACCAGGGAAUUCCGAGCCACAGACGGGAACGUGCGGAAAGAGGCAGCAGCCCUGGCACCCAGCCCAGACUCCCCUCUGACUGAGGAUUGGUAUAAGAUGGAAGGGUCUCUGUUACAGCAGGACCUCAAUGCAAACUCCACCUCCUCCUGGAUCAAACCGUAGACCAGAGUGUUAAGUUUCUAGCGUUCGCCUUUUCUCUCUAACGAGGAGUCAGUAAGCGGUAAACACAUAUUUGCGGCGGGAGCCACAUAAAAGCGGCGAGCGAGAUGUGGAUGGACAUUUUUUUUAAAAAGGAGACCUUUUUUGGGGGCCACACGAGAGAAAGGGAAAGAGCGGCCACAAGUUAAUGAUGAAUUCCGGAAAAUUCACACGGUCCGCUCGUUACCAAAGUAGCCUCCCGGAACUCCCAACGACCACCAUUUUUUCUUCUUCUUUUUGGGCCAAUUGACUGAGCAUUGCACUGACACACUUUGGGAGCGGGGAAAGAAAACAAAAAAAGACUCCUGCGGACACAUUCCAAAUGACAUCGCUCCCGAUAACAUCAAGCGGCCAUCUUGUUCCAUGGCCCAGGUCUAUCAACUGAGCAACAACAUUGGGGGGGAAAAAAACAAAACACUUGUCUUCACAAGGGACUGAAUGAACAAUGUAGCAUCUCUGCUAACACACCGUAGCAUUCGUUGGCUGAGAAACGACUGGACUUGAUGACUUAAGGGAUUUAUGCAGUUCAGAUGUCAUUCCCUCUUGAGAUCCUUUCCAGUGAAGACACACGAGCGAGUACAUGAGAGACGAAGCACCGGUCUUCACCUUUAAAAACACUUCCGGAGGAGAAUAAGACGGCUAUCACGAUCAAGAAACUUUUGUCUUCCAUUUACUUCUAAAGAACACGAGUAAAAGCUACUACGACGAAACGAAACCCACGUAGCAUCACACGCUAAACCAAGACUUCCUUUUUCUCUCAUGUACUAAACAAAGGGGGCGGGGGGAUACCUGCCAAAUGACCUUCUGUGAUAUAAUGUUGAUUAGCAAAAAUGAGUCCACUCGGGGUCCAUGGUCUUCUAAAACAAUCUUUAAUCCUUUUAACUGCCACUUGCAUCCAUUCCCCAUUCAAGUGAAAUUAGAGCUAUUGCGGCCCGAGCCAAACAUAGACUGAGGGAGACAGGGGCAGACUGUUGGCCAAACAAUUCUGCUUGAAUUACGAUAAAAAAGGGAGGAUGAACGCUCCUCCCCUCCACGCCCUAUGCCACUUUUUUAACCCGCAUAUAACUGCCCAUUCGCUGGGACCAAUCAGAGAACACCCUUGCUACAAACAAAGGCCUACACUGCCAUCAAGGCACAAGAACCCCCCCCCAAGCCCCAAUGAGUACUGCCCAAAAAAUCCUUCUGCGGUACAUCUCGCUGCCAACGGGUUGCUUCACUGGUGAGGCGAUGUCAAGAUGAGGAGGGCCCUCAAGAAGCAGAAGCGGACCAAGUAGAGAGAGCAAGUGUACAAAAAAAAAAGAACAAAUCUAUAUUUUGAUACAAACAUAUAUAUGGCAUUGGAAUUGGAAGCUGGUCCAAGAUGGGAAGGAGGUGGAAAGCAAAGGACAGGGGAAAUGAAAUUUCUGAAAUCUGAUGCAAAAUGAAACAAACAAACAAAAAAAAAUUGCCAUGAAAAACCGAGAUCACGUGACACGAGGUGGCUAACUUACUGAAAGUCGGCACGUGUGCACUGACUGAGCAAAGACGGACUCAUGCAUCUAGGAGGAUAGAUGGACGCUGAGGUAAAGGAAGGAGGGUCGGCCGCCUGCGGGGGUAGGGGGGGUGAUUGGGAAGAUGAUGCAUUUUUGUAACUUUGUUUACCAGCAUGACUACUUUGCAUGACUGUCUUUUCUGCAAGCCCUUAGUUGAAGACAAGGGUGCUAGAGAUACAAAAAAAACCUAUAUAUAAAAUGAACUUCAAAAAAAAAAAAAAAAUGUUAUAUGCAAUUCAUGUUUUGAACGACAACAAAGAAAAAAAGAUUCUAAUGAAAGAGAAGAUAUAUUUUGUUUUGAAAAGGUAAAAAAAAAAAAUGUGAAUAUUGAAACGUAUGUUUGCAACGUACACCCUGAACUAUGUUUUUUGUUCGAUGAAAUCUCUCUGCUCCUACUGCCCGACUUUCCUCAUUCCAGGGUUUGCAUCCGCGCCAACAUAGUUUGACUUAAAAAAAAAUGCAACCGAGCGGUAUAUAUUUUCCUAUCAUCUCAUCGACCGUCGUCAUCACGUAGUUGGCCGAUUCAGUCGUGUUAGCUUGCGCCGCCAAGUCGGAAACCGUUUGCACAACGACCGUAGCAGCAGCAACUCGAGAACAAACACGCUCACUGUACUUUGCUUGAUUAACACUAAUUGUUUACGUUAUCAUUUAUUUCUUUUUUUUCGGCAAUAAUACAAGACGAGGAAAUAAUGACUGUAGCGAGGCAAACUGGACAGAGUUGCUUUUGGAGAGAGUCUUGGGUCAGUUCUGUUCCUUUGGCCUUCAAGUCCUUUAAGAUUGACGUGGCUUAUAUACAGUGGAACCUGAAAAGACAAACAUAAUCCAGACGCCAAAACAAAGAGGACCUUGUGCAAAUUUAAGUAAUCGGCCGUCAUAAAACUUAACGGUUUUGUUGGUCAUUUGUCUCAAAGGUUCUACAAUAGUGUGUUACUUCUGUGAGCAUUACUGGGAACACACCGUUUUGUGUGUGUAACUUUAAUGUGUUAGAUUCCGGUGGUAACCCUGAAUUGAUUACCAUGGUUACCAUGAAUUGAUUAAUGUGGACCCCGACCUAAACAAGUUGAAAAACUAUCUUGAAGAGGUUCAUUUAGCCUACUGACGUGUAUUUAUAAAUGGUUGAUUUAUAAGGUACAACACUUUACCUUACUAGCCUAUAUAAAUCGACCAUUUAUAAGUAAGUUGAAAAACUUUUUCAGGUGUUACGAUUUAGUGGUCAAUUGUACGGAAUAUGUACUGUACUAUACAAUCUACUAAAAAAAGUUUCAGUCAAUCAAUCAAUCAAUCAAUCAAAAAACCCACAAGUUCUUCCCAGAACUUGCCAAUCAGAUGCAGCUCUCCGUUCACAGGGUCCCGUCCUCUCGGCGCUGUCGGUCUGAUCCGGCCUGCUCCACCGACAAGGCUCUACUCAGCUGGAUGGCCAGGCAAUUCGCCUAGCUCUAAAUACCCUUUGGUUCAGCGUCGGUCCCGCUUUCUUCUAUGGUCGACUCGGCUGAGAAGCCUAUCUCGUAAGGUCGAGUCAAACCCCAAACCCCGCUGUUUUCGAUAGGUUGCCUCUAAUGAAUCUUGGCUCUUGUUACUGACUCGGUUGAAUUUGAAUGAGCUGUGUUUGUCCACACCUGUUUGACAGUGUGUUUCUCCAAGAGGCGCUUUUGUGCACUUUAUUCACUUUUUACGAUUAUACGCUGUAACUCUCCAUUGUCCAAUGUAAUAACGAUGUACCCUAAAUGAUGAAAAACCAUCGGAGACUAGCAGAGCUAUGUGAGCGAACCUUACAGUCACAUUUUCAAGUGACUGUUAGCAACUGGUAUUUAUUAAACCACCGCCUGCUAACCUAAGCUACCAUUAGUGGUUCGAAAAAACAUAUUUUUUUAAAAGAUGUCUAUUUUUCACUAUUACUCCUUAUAUUGACUAAAAAUUGUUUGUCGACCCAAGGAAAAAGAGGUGACUCAAUCCGGGAGAAGCAACUAACAAUUUGGAGCUAUGUCGUUACGAUAGACUUUACGUUCAAUGAUAGCUAACGUUAGUAGCUAAACUUUGCCGAAUCGCUAUCUUUAGCUGACAACAAACAUAACUAAAUUAUUGCUAUAAAACUUUCAGAAGUUAGCACCAUAUAGGCAGCCGCUUAAGGUUGCAAACAGUCACUUUAUCAAAAACAUCAUGCAAAGUUAGUGAAGUCAAGUAAAUUAUAUUUAUAUAGCGCUUUUCUUUAGUAACUCUAAGCGCUUUUACAUAGUAAAACCCAAUAUUUAAUCUACAUGCCUCACAAUACCAAUGUCCUGAGUAGUCCUGAGUUCAAUUCCGGGCUCGGGAUCUUUCUGUGUGGAGUUUCCAUGUUCCCCGUGGUUGCGUGGGUUCCCUCCAAGUACUCCAGCUUCCUCCCACCUCCAAAGACAUGCACCUGGGGAUAGGUUGAUUGGCAACACUAAAUUGGCCCUAGUGUGUGAAUGUGAGUGUGAAUGUUGUCCGUCUAUCUGUAUUGGCCCUGCGAUGAGAUGGAGACUUGUCCAGGGUGUACGCCGCCUUCUGCCCGAAUGCAGCUGAGAUAGGCUCCAACACCCCCCGCAAGCUCCAAAAGGGACAAGCGGUAGAAAAUGGAUGGAUGAACAUUUUAAACCAGUGUGGGUGGCACUGGGAGCAGGUGGGUAAAGUGUCUUACCCAAGGACGCAAUGGCAGUGACUAGGAUGGCGGAAGCGGGGAUCGAACCUGGAAUCCACUUAAGUUGCUGGCACGGCCACUCUACCCACCAAACUAUACCGCACCAGGUUAGCUUAUUCACUGAAGAAAGACAAACUUAGAGUGCCAAAGUCGGUAGCGAACUGACGCCAGGCUUUAUUUUAAGUAGUGUGGCAUCGCUAUAAUCUAGUGGCGUAAGAGACCGUAAUAUUGGUGCGUCUCAUUAAACUCGGAAGUUGGAAGUCGGAGUUGCAAAUGACAUAACGGCUAAGUUGGUAGUAUUCCAGUUACAAGGUCAGAAAUCACGAUGGCCACAUCCACAAAAGCUAUUUUUGCGCUUGCCUUGUCUGAAAAUAAACAAUAUUUGUGAAAAUAUACACUUUAGUUUACACUCCAGUAAUGUUACCGUUAACUUUACAUACAUUUAUAAAGAACAUAAUGUCCUGGCUGUCUUGAAUUUCCGAUAAUUUCUACAACUCUUAUUUUUUUUUGUGAUAGAGUGAUUGGAGCACAUACUUGUUGGUCACAAAAAAACAUUCAUGAAGUUUGGUUCUUUGAUGAAUUUAUUAUGGGUCUACUGAAAAUGUGACCAUAUCUGCUGGGUCAAAAGUAUACAUACAGCAAUGUUAAUAUCUGGUUACAUGUCCCUUGGCAAGUUUCCCUGUGGAUGGCUACCUAAAGCGCCUUAUUGCAGGGAAACUUCCCAAGGAACCAAACUUCAUGAAUGUUUUUUAUGAUCAACAAGUAUGUGCUCCAAUCACUCCAUCACAAAAAAACAAGAGUUAUAGAAAUGAUUGGAAACUCAAGACAGCCACGACAUUAUGUUCUUUAUAAGUGUAUGUACCUAAUUUUUCGGACUCUAAGUCGCAGUUUUUUUCAUAGUUUGACUUACACUGAGGAGCGACUUAUGUGUGAAAUCAUUAACACAUUACCGUAAAAUAUCAAAUAAUAUUAAUUAGCUUAUUCACGUAAGAGACUAGACGUAUAAGAGUUCAUGGGAUUUAGCAAUUAGGAGUGACAGAUUGUUUGGUAAACGUAUAGCAUGUUCUAUAUGUUAUAGUUAUUUGAAUGACUCUUACCAUAAUAUGUUACGUUAACAUACCAGGCACCUUCUCAGUUGGUUAUUUAUGCGUCAUAUAACGUACACUUAUUCAGCCUGUUGUUCACGAUCCUUUAUUUAUUUUAAAUUGCCUUUCAAAGGUCUAUUCUUGGUGUUGGAUUUUAUCAAAUAAAUUUCCCCCAAAAAUGCGACUUUUACUCCAGUGCGACUUAUAUAUUAUUUUUUUCCUUCUUUAUUAUGCAUUUUCGGCAGGUGCGACUUAUAUUCUGGAGCGACUUAUACUCCGAAAAAUACGGUGAAUUUUGAUCGGGACUGUAUGUGACGGAUUUAGUGCGACAAAAACAAAUCAAAAUUGCUAAUAAUUGAAAUCAUAGAAAUGUAUAUCAUUGUUUACAUCCAGAGCAGCCAUCUUUGAAACCAAAUUGGGGUUGGUGACAACCCGACUUUCCGAGACCGAAAUCCGACUUCGAGGGGCGUUCCAGUCGAAAUUACGACUAUGAACUCGAAAAAAUUUCGACCUCCCAGUACCAAUAGAACGCACCGUAUGACGUCAUUUAACCUGGAACUUUCAAACCGAUUGUUUAAGUACAUCUUCUUCCAAAAGUGGAGUAAACAAAUGAUGACCAUGAAACCUUAAGUUUCAUGGUCAUAAAUAGUUUCUAAGGACACAAAUUACUCUAUUUAAAAUUACAUUUUACAUUCCAAGUGUUAUAUUAGUAACACAUUAAAAUGAGUGACGACGGCUAAAGCAACUGGACAGCCAUUCGGGCUAACCGGUCAUGUUAGUUGUCACUUAGCUAUUUGCACUUUCUUUAAACCUCUCAUUCAGUACGAUUCUGCUAUUAGAUUAGGUAUGAGAAACAAUUUUUAUAAAGCCAAAGAAAAAGCAAAACACUUCAAUCUUUUGGUGCCUCUAAGUUUUAGGCUGAGUUUCAGAUCCGAAUUACACUGGCCUUUGUGAUUUGAGAUUUGACUUUUGAGGUUCCACUGUGUAUCACAAAAAUCCAAAUCAGGUUCAAGACUCCAGGAGAGAUUUCAGGUUUGCAUGGAACCGUCAUUCCAAAGUUUGGUUUGUAAGGACUCAGGUUGUGUCAAUGGCGUGUGUGGACGUUCAAUAGGUGUUGAUUUAUCUGAGACAUUUAGAUGAUGUGAACACCCCAAAGUGAUGUGUAGAGAUUAAAAAGAAAAAUACGCAUGCAUUAUGACUUGAUAAUCUUAAAGCGGGAACGGGCUGGGAGGGGGGACGACAAAGUCUUGGCAUAGCCUCCUCUUCCGCCAUUGUUUGUCAUGAAUCCUUGAAAAAAAACAAGAAAAAAAAAAAAACGACGACCACUGUGCUGUGUUUUGUAGAGCAGAAACGUCUUCCUCCCAGAGGCUAAUGGCAACGCACCGCGGUGUGUAAAGGUAGCUUGUCUUUUUUUUUUUUGGUCUAUUUUAUUUCCAGUUGUAAGACGGCGUCGUCCAUGCAGCAUCCCAACUGGCCCCGAAAAAAUGAUGUCAAUCAAGCGUUUAUGAGGCGAUCCCAGUGUCCACCAAGGGUGAGAUGGAUGUUUAUUGGUUAAUUGAUUGAUCGACGACCUCAUCCUUGUUUAUUUUCCAAGUGACUUCCUUGCAGGCCCUGCUGGUCCAGGGUGUCCUGUAGCUCGGGUAGCUUAUUAUUUUAAUUUUUUUUUUGCAUUCCUGUCAUAUUGCAAGUUGGAAGGCUCUAGAAGUCUAUGCUGGCAUUACAGGGUCUAUCUUCAAAAAAUGUGGUCUACAACAUGUUCAGGUCAAAUUUGUGCAUGCACAAUUAUGUUUUUUUUUCCCACCCAUUUUAAUGUAGAUAACAUUGUUUUUAAUCACUUUAAAUACCUAAAAUGUCUGUUUAUUGUCAUGCAAACUGUCAUAAAAUGUAUGCUCUACAUGCUAAACUAUGUUAAAAGUUCUCUUUGGGGUGUUUCCUGCUCUCAAACAAGCAAAAUUAAUUUUCUUUACCCGCCUGUUUGUGUGUAAUGUUUCUGGUUUGUUCACUUUGACGACACUGUAUGCAAUCUGCACCAGGAAUGCCACCGAUUGACACUUACUGUAAUGCGCCAUAUGUCGCAGAUAUUUGGGACUGUGUGUCGUGGCCCUAAUAAUGGCUUCUAAAAAAUGAGGUUUAUUUUACAUAAUAAUGAGCCCGGAGAAAUCCCAUUAUUCUAGAUAUUUAAAUGACGCACAUUAUCAGACACCGCACAUGGGAUUUUGCAGGCCGACGUCAUGCAUUCUCACAGGUUUUCCAAAGAUAGGAGAUGUAUGUUCACUAGUGUAGCGAGCCACUGCACUGCGGUCUUGGCGGGAGAGCGGAUGCAAAGACGAGGUGGUCACUGGGGGAUCUGGGUGUGACUUAAGCCGGAUUUUUAUUUUUUGAAAUGUCCUAACACAUCGAGAACUGUACAAAGUAUAUUUCAACGGAAUGUUCAUUACCUAUCUUUUUAUAUUUUGAACAGAGAGAGAGAGAGAGAGAGAGAGAGGGGAAAAAAUAGAAACAUAUCAAUUAAAGUGUCAUAAUUUAACACAUUUCUACUACUGAGACUUAAAAAUGUAUGAAUGUUAUCGCGAACUAAUGUGAAACCAAUCUCCAUUGCAGCUUGAAUGAAAUACCUGGUUAAAAGUCAUCUGAUGCUUUUCUUGUUUUUUCAGAGAAAAUUGCUUCGAAUCAUUGAGAUGAACUUAAAAUAAAUGGGGAAUAUUUACAAUAA